UUUCAAUUCAAACAUUAUUUGUGUUUGUGUUUUGUGAUUGUUUGUGCUGUUGAAAAUCCAAAAUGGUAAAUUUUGUGCUAUCUUUCUGUAAAAUUACUGGAGCCAGCAAGAUUUUCACUAGAAAUUUUUACUUGCCUCUUCUCAAACCCUUAACACCUAGAGAAGCAUUCCGAACUUUUCGAAUAACUGGAAAAUGGUUACUAGGCUCCAAAAUUCAGAGAUAUAUACCAGUUCUUUUAAACCAUAAGAAGAAAAGAUCAAAAUUUGUCAAGAAUUAUGGUAAAUUAAAGCACAAAGAAAUGGAAAACUAUACUUAUUUGACACCUAUAUUAGAUACUGAUAAUGAGACACAAAAAUUAUUGUUAAGCAUCCUCGAAAAAAAAAAUGGUAACGGUGUUUUCGUUUAUACUGUUGAAGACAAAAAAAUGAAUAUAGUGCUACAAGCCGAUUUAGAAUACGCUGUUAGGGAUGGAGAUGUUAUAGAUGUUUUAGUGUCUCAAAAAUCUGAUAAAAUACUGAUUAAACUGAAGGAUUUCAAAAAAAUUCCAAUCGAACUAGACUAUUAUGAUGUUAAAGAGCCGAUGUUCUGUGGCGAAGGAGCUACUACUGAAGCCGAUGAAAAAUUACAUCAUUACGGUAAAUACACAAUGAGUCUAGCGAAAAUAUUCGAGGACAAAGAACGUCAAGAAGAAGAAUGGGAAAUUAUGUUACAGAAAAUUAUAAAAAGACGAAAGCGUCAUGCUGCGGAGAAAUCUAAGGAAUAUAAGGCUCUAGUGAAAGAAAAUUUGAGGAAAUUGGACUGGGAUCAGUUUGAAGAAGACGCUAAGAGGGUUGUUCAAGAAAUAGCAGAACCUAAUAAGGAAGAACCUAUAGAUAUGGAAAUUGACGAUUUAAAGAAAACUCUGGGGGUAAAUGAAUUCUUCUCGGAAUCAGAAAAAAUUAUGAAUUUACUUCCUAAAAUGAACGAAAUUUCAGAUGUACUGAAAAAUAUGGAACAUGCACAUCUGCAUGAACUCCUGUUGAAUGAGUCAGAAGGAGAAAACAGUAAAAAAAUUUCAGGUGUAAUGGUAACCCUAUCAUCAGGAAGGGAGGUAUUUGUAAGCGGGCAAAUGGUACACACCGAAGAAGGUGAAGUCUUUGUACCUGGUCAAACCAUUCAAACUGAACAUGGAAUGGAAUACAACCCCGGUUUUACCAUAAAUAUAGAUGGAAAGCCAUCACUCAUUAACGGUUUGAUUAUGUCACAGAAAGAAAAUGAACCAAUGUUUCUUCCCACUCAGUCAGCAAUUACAGCUGAUGGGCAGCUUACGUUUGCACUUAGUGAAGAAGAAAGGCCUCCACCACCUACUGAAGAAUACAUUCAGUUGAGGAAAGAACGCAGGCAAAAAUUACAGGACCCUCAAAAUAAUGAAAAUAAUCAGGCUAUUCUUGAGGAAGAAACGAAUGAUGAAAUGCAACAAAACCUAACCGAAGAAGAUAUUUCCAUGAAGGAAACUGAAAAAGAAGAAGAAGCCAUAAUUUUAUUCAUCAACGAUAAGGAUCUGAUUGAUUCUGAGUCAUCUGAUUCCGAUUCUGGUAUUUCAGAAAUCGAUUCAGAAACUUAUAGAUUGAAGCAAGAAAAAGAUCGACUCGAAUUGGAAGAACUAAAAAGAAUAUUGAUGGGCGACGGUAUGGAGAAACUGGUAACUGAUAUAGAGGACAAAAAAUUGAAUUUGCAACAACGGUUGGAAGAGCUGAGGAAGCUGAAAAUGGAAUGUGAGAGACCGUUAGUAUCGUAUGCAACCGAAAAAGAUGCCUGUGAAAUAGCGUCGAGCAUAACUCAAGAUAAAGAAACUAUUAAUAGGUUAGUUGACAUUUUGCUCACAAUGAUUCGUAAGACAUCGACAAUAAGAUAUAAAAAUAGCAUUCAUCCUGAAAAUAUCAUCGAGACCCACGUGAAUCUGAAUGACGGUGAAAAUAGCAGUGAAAAAUAUCAUUGUUCUUCAAAUAGUUUGAAAAUAUUACUGAAAUCGUCAAUUGUAGCAGCUAAUAAGGUAUUCAAGGAACGGCCUAAAGAUCAGUUAUUAGCUCUAGAAAGAAUAGGAUGUAUUUUCACGGAUAUUUUCAAGAAUGAUACUCCGCUUCUGGCAGAAAUUAUAGAGCUUAUGAAAACUCCAACGGAACGUAAUGAUGUUUGCGAAAUACUAUUCAAAUAUCUUUCAUACGACUAUAGAGAUUCAAAGGUCAAUAAACUCAGUCAAAUAAUUAAUUGCUCUCGUAAAGGUGUUGAUAAAGUUUUGGACGUAAUUGAGGAGCUCAUGGUGAAUGAUAACAAAGUAAUGUGCGAAGCAUUUGUAAAACUGUGUAAAGUAGACGAAGAUAUACUUCACGAUAUGUUGGAACAUUGCCGAAGUCAUUCAUAUAAAGUUAAGAUGGAAAACGACGUGAUAAAUUUGUUGGAAGACAGUAUAGCUUUUGCCACUAAAAGGUUCACGAACAAUAAAUUUCACGAAAUUUUCGAGUUAGGUAAGGAUGAUUUUCAACGCUUCAUCGACCAAUCCAUUUGCUUCGGCAAAGCGUUACAGCUUACAGAUGUCGUUGACGAAUUAUCGUGUCAAAAGUCACUAGAACUGGAAAAUUAUGGGAACAACACGCAGAAGUUCUUGAAGAGAAUGUUCCUGAUUGAUAAACUCGUGAGCAAAGACUUCACAUUGAGGAGAGCAGUGGAUAGACUACAACGAAAUCCCGAUCAAGCUAAAUAUGACCCGAGAAUACGUCAAAUAAUAAGGGAAUCGGGGAUGCUGUUAUCGAAUGGUUUCACGUUAUCGAACUCCAGAACGAUACCUCUGCAACUGCUCAAAUCCCAGAAUCUGCUGGCGCUUGAGGAUUUUUUGGUGCAGAGAAUGAAAAUGGACUGUGCUGUACUGAUAAUUAGGAGCGAUUUUCAAGCUGUGAUACCUAAAGAAGCACUUCAAGGAGUGCAAUCUGGAAGGAUGCCAUAUGUUCUUAUAGAUGAAAGCGGUAUUUCUAAUUUUAAGCCCCUGCAUAGUCUGGCUGCAUUGAAAGGGGGCAAAAAUGUCGAUUACAUAUCUAAUAAUAACUAUUCUAAAUACAAUGGAGAUAUCGAAUCCAACAUGGAACGUCGACAAAGUGUGGCCACAAGGACUAGUAUGAAUUAUGCUUGAUUUUUUCGACAGUUUGUGUGUGCAAGUGUUCGUUCCUCAACAUUCCUACUUCAAAAAGAUAACUAAAAUAUUCGGUGCCACCAAGGUCUCCGGAUUUAACACCGUCAGAUUUUUCCAAGAUUUCAAUAUUUCAAAAUUGAUAAAUGUCACCAAAGAAAAAAAUCUAACAUUGUGACGAAAUGAUCGAUCGCCCAAAAAAGUUACCCAAUAUUCCCGUGACCACAAAAACAACGGACUUGAGAUAUUGUAUGUUGAUAUAAAAUAACAAAUUCAAGCUCGAUGCAGAAUUUCAUGUGGAUUGCAUAAUCUGAACCAUCGAAAAUUCAAAAUAUAAAAUAAGAAAGCCCAAU